CGGACACACAAACGGAACGAUAGUAUAUUUUGCAUCACGACGCAACAGCGACAAUGGCGAAGAUCAUCUUACGUCUGUUUGUGUGCGGAGCAUUGCUGUAUUCGUGUAUUUAUGCGUAUUCUUCAAGAUCGCAAGAUUUGUCAUCCUCAAGAAUGCAGCAAAACUAUCCGAAAAAUAACUUUCAGCUUACGCUUUUGACCACUUGCCGUGACAGGUUGCCGAGAUGCAAUAAGCCUGGUUAUUGUGAAAAGUACAACACCAGAAGAUGGAAAAAAGUGAUGCGGAUGAACUGCAAGAGAACUUGUAAUCACUGCCCCGCUCCCUCCCCCCCAGCCUGUUUCAGCUCACAGUACGGCUGUUGUUGGGAUUACAUCACCAGUGCACUCGGCCCAGGCGGCAAGGGAUGCCCACCGUGCAAUGACAACCGACGCUAUCCUUACGUGUGUCGGCGGUUCAAGACUUAUUGUCGAAGAAAAGGAAUCAGUGGCAAGUGGAUGAGAGGGAACUGUCCGGACUCUUGCGGACACUGUGCUAUAUGGCAGUUCUAAUGAGCGUCGCUAUACGAAGAAAUAUACAAGUAUACAUUAAACGGGAGGGGAGAGAAUGCUUUGAAAACAAGGGGAGCCGAACGAUACUUCAGAUUAGAUUUGAAGCAGGGAUCAGUUGAAUUCUGUAUGUAUUAGUUUCAUACCUUAGACCGACUUUAAAUAAAACAACAAAUGCGUCUUUGCCCACGACGUGUAAUGCAAUGUUUCAAAGUCGACGUUGCGCCGGCUUGUGUAAAAAUGAACUCGUAUGAUAUGUAAUUUGCAUCAUUUGAAUAUGCUAUUGAGAGGACGGAAGAUCAAUAGUGAAGAAUAUAGGUGUAAAUAUAAACCAAAUGAAUGUAUUUUAAGUGAA